UCCUAAAUAUAAUCAAGAGUUACCUCAUUAUGUUCGGAGUUAUGAAGUUCCAUAAGCCUGACUAUCUUUUCUCUAAGCUGAUAUUUUUUCGAUUUCGUGGUAGAUCUGGGCCAUGUAGGUCCACUCGCCCGAUACUGUCAGUACAGCCACAUAAAACCGUAGCCUUCGAGGGAAGUUUCCGCCACCAGGCAACGAGGUGCUGGAAUGAUAUACCACCGCCUAUACGCCUGCUUAGUUCUAUUUAUUCUUUUUAAAUCCUUUCUACGUGAAAAACAAGCACUCGGUAUACCGAAACGCUUGCGGUUGGGAUUCUUCUCGUGAGUUUCGUUGCCUGGCUGGUUCUAUGUGGUGAACUCAUUUUUAUUUUUACUUGUAUAUAUACCUAUACAUAUAUUUAUACUGUAUACUUUUUAUAUUAUUAUCUACAACUAAUAACAAUUUACUAACAUUUUUCGUAUUUUCCUGUUUAUCUAUCUAUACAUACACAUUCCCAUAAUCUUUUGCACAUAAAUUUAUUAUUUUAUUGUUUCUUUCUUUCACUUUAGCGCCCGCACCUACUUCAAUGGUGAUAACUGAAAAUCAGCGUUUUGCACUUCAGUUAGUGCAAAAAUUCCGCUGAGUUAUGACCUUUUCUACUUGCUGCAGCACGCAAAUGCAUCUCAACUGUGUUAUUAUAAUGUUUUGUUUAACUCUGUAUUUUGUGUCUGUAGCAACUGAAUAAACGUUUUUAUCUAUCUAUCUAUCUCAUUCCCUUCGUGAAACGACCCCCACUCAUACCUUUCCAUUCAAGAAUCCUGAAGAAAUUCACUACAAGAUCAUCGGAUUUGGAAAUUCAUUCGCUUCUCCAUCAGAAAGUUCUAGAGGAGACCACGUUCGAGUCUGGCUACCUGUCAACCAUGUUCCCAGUUCCAAAGCCCAACAACAAAAUUCGUCCUAUAAUCAACCUCAGAGGCCUAAGCGAAUAUUUGACACCCAAGAAGUUUCGUCUUAUAAACCAUUUCAAAGUACCUCUGUUUCUACAUCAAGCUUACUUUCACGUUCCUGUAGCCGCCCGUCACCGAAGAUUCCUCUCAAUAGUCCAUCAAGACAGAGUUCUACAGUUUACAUGUCUCCCGUUUAGGCUAUCGACAGCGCCUUUAACCUUCGCAAGAAUAUCGAACUGGCUAGCAUCGUGCCUGCGGCGGAUGGGUAUCAGAGUCAUUGUUUACCUCGACGACUUCUUGCUCGCCAACCAAGAUCCAGUAAAACUGCAAAACGAUGUGAUCUCAGCAACACAAUUCUUGAUAAGGUUAGGGUGGUUAAUCAAUACAGACAAGUCUGUAACCAACCCGUCUCAGUCCAUAGAAUUCCUGGGGAUAGAAUGGGACACCAAGCGCAACACGAAGUCACUUCCAGAGAAAAAGACAACUUCCCUAGAAAGAGAUUUGAACGAAGUUCUGAAAACUCAGUUAUGGAGUUGGCAAUCAGCAAAAAGCUUGCUAGGCAAGCUAAAUUUUGCUUCGUUCAUAGUGCCACUCGGCAGGCUUCACUCCAGAGAAAUUCAGAGAGCAGCCAAUUUGUUACCCGACGAUCUCCGCAAAAAGAAGUUCCCAAUUCCGUCAAAGGCACUUCAACAAUGCCAUUGGUGGCUCCAGAAAAUCAGAGAGAAAAGCAGCAUCUUCAAAGAAAACGAGACAAUUUAUAUAACAACAGACGCUUCGGACAAGGGAUGGGGAGCUCAGAUAAACAGCAAACUGAUCAGCGGACUCUGGGAGAGUCAUCAAUUCAGCUGGCACAUCAACAGGAAAGAGCUGUUUGCUGUAAUACAAGCCUUUUCUCACGCGAAGAGAUUAAUAAGAAACAAGAGAGUAAUAAUACAAUCGGACAAUCGUACUGUUGUAGCAUAUGUGAAAAACCAAGGCGGGACAAGAUCAAAACAGCUGACACUGCUUGUCAGUCAAUUGUUGAUUCUGGCUCAGAAAUUACAUGUGGAAUUAGUUCCCCAGUUCAUACCCGGAGUUUACAACGAUGUAGCGGACAGCCUGUCCCGCCAGAGACAUCUUGCGGAUUGGCAUCUCUCAGACAAGGUGUGCAGCCUCAUAUUUAGGAAGUGGGGAGUCCCCGAGAUCGACCUCUUUGCAACGAACAAAUCCAAAGUAGUUCCAGUUUACGUGUCUCGAGAUUUAAGGGACAAGCAAGCCCUGUUCAUAGACGCAUUCAGCAGGAGAUGGGUGUUCAGGUUAGCAUGGAUUUUUCCACCCCCAUCAUUGAUUCCACGAGUGUUAGCCCAUCUGAAUCGAUCCGAGGGCACCUUCAUUCUGAUAGUUCCACGUUGGGACAAAGUGUUUUGGAGAUCGGAACUGUGUUCUCGCGCCAUAGACCGCCCGUUCCAAAUUCGGAAUCCGCGCCACCAUCUGCGAGACCUAACAAUCCAGAAACAUCUACCAAACGUUCGUUUGGAGGCCUGGAGGAUACGGGGUGAUCAACCCUAACUAAGAGCCAAACCACACGGGCGGCGCGGCUGCGGCGCGGCGCCUGAGCGGCGCCGCUGCGGUUUUCUACAUACAAAAAUGCAUUGUAGCCACAUGGCGCCGUGCGGUGUGCUCCGGCGCCGCACCGCGCGCGCAUCGGAUUCGAGACGAGGCGGGGAGGGGUGUAAGCAGAGCGGUGCCGGAGCGGCGCCGCAGUUGUUUGUUUGCGCAGCAUAGGGAAGGACGCAUGCUGGAUUAAGUACGAUCACGUAACCUGUACCUAUUAAAAUGAGUACCAGUGAUGAGGAAAAUAUUGACAUGGACUACCUCAUUUCUUUAGUUCAAGAACGGGAAGUACUGUGGGAUAAGUUUCAUGUGGAUUUUAAAAACAAUAAUUUAAAAGCGAAGGCAUGGGCAGAUGUUACAAAAAAUUUAUUUCCAGAAUAUGAUAGCUACGCUCCCGAUCGAAAGAACAAAAUUGGUAAUACUGUUGUGAAAAAGUGGAAAAAUGUCAAAGACACCUUUUUCAAACAUUUGAAAAAAAUUAAAGAAGCCUCGAGAUCCGGCUCAGCCGCUAAAAAGCUUGCAAAAUAUCAUUAUUACAAUCAGCUAUUAUUUUUAACCAAAAUAGCACAGAAUGCCACGGACGAUAGUUUAAACUUAGCUGAUGAAUCGACCAUGUGUUCUACAGAUGAUGUUCCUGUUCCUGGGCCGUCCCGCUAUGUUCCUGUCACCCGGAAGAGAACAUUACAAUUGGAUGAUUUUGAAAAAGAUACAUUAGAAGCAUUAAAAGCUCCUAAGGAGAAGGAGAAUCGCCACUUGUCCUUUUUUAAAGGCAUACUGCCAUCUAUAGAAGAUUUUACCGAACUUCAGACCCUGACUUUCCAAACAAAAGUUUUACAACUAAUCACGGAAAUGCGCUAUGGACAAUCGACUCCACAUUCGUCCUUUGCGUUUGAAGAGCAAUUAUCACACGGGUAUCAAACCCGAAAUUACCAAAGUACGGGUACGUACAGUUCAAUAAACUCAAAUUCUGCUGUAUUUCAAUCUCCAAAUCAAGGUUCUGAA